UUCCUCAACACGAAACUUAACGAAGAGAUGGGUCAUAGCCUGAAUCGAAAGUGUGAAAAGUUAUUGUGUGAAGGGAAAAUUGCGUUUUUGGUGUUUGAUCAGAUUUGUUAAAAAAAGAGGAAGAGUAGCGAGUCCUUAAAAGUUUAACUACAGAGAAAGGGGACUUUUUGGAUGACUUUAAUGAUUUAUGAUAAUCUUACAAAAAUCACAUGCAAGGGUGGGAACCUAUAAAGGGAACACUCAACUCUCGCUUAUAUUAUUUAUUUGAAUGUUGUGAAAGCUUAGGUGGAAAUGGAGAGUACCCCGAUUCUAAGCGGCUAUGGAUCUUAUGGCACCGCCAAUCCUGGAUAUGCAUCAACAGCAGAAGGAAGUCCAGCAAUGUUUGCCCCGCCUGCGUCCGACUUCCAGGGGCCCAGCGCUCCUCCAGCCAGUACGUUUGACAGCGUGCCAGGAUAUGAAGGGACAGUGGCCGGGGGCGGAGGUGGGUACCUGCCCCCACCCAUGCCAUCUUACCCAGCCCCUCAGCCUCAGCCUGGUCCCGCACAAUCAAACUGGAAUAUCCCAUCGAUCACCGAAGACACUGCUCGGGAGGCCUUUAGCCAGUAUGCCUCCACUAAGUGCUGUUACAGUUCAGCACCAGUUAAGGAUGGCGUGAUAACCAACAUGGAGGCAUACAAUACAUACAGGUAUCGCCUGGAAACCUUUAUUGAGUCAAGAACCACUGAAUGGAGUCAGCAGCCAUACAAUGGUCAGCCAGUGGAUGCCUAUACCCAACCACCACCUGGGCCCUGGGAUAUCCCUGCCAAAGUCUCCACCUUUUUUCAGGAUGACAAACAAGUCAUCAAAGUUCCCAACACCUCAUCUGUCAAGAACUGUCAUACCUGUGUGGGGAUGGGAAGAACUCCCUGCAAAGAUUGUGCCGGAGUUGGUAAUAACAUCUGCUGGGUGUGCAAUGGAGCUGGUAACCGUAGGAGUGGUGAUCGAUGCCAUCAUUGCCAAGGGAGGGGAAGGGUCAAUUGCAGCCAUUGUCAUGGUCAAGGGUCAAGGGAGUGUCAGACCUGUGAAGGCAAACGACAGCUUUUGGUCUUCAUCAACCUCAAGGUUAUAUGGACUAAUAAUCUUGACGACUACAUUGUGGAACAGUCGAGUGGUUUGCAUGUGGCCAACCUGAGCAAGGUGUCUGGGCAGGAGAUGUUUAGGGACGCUCAGUACAUGGUUUACCCAGUGAUGGGGUUCCCAGACCCUAACGUGGUGCGUGCUGCAGAGCGUCUAGUGAGGGACCACCAAGCCAAGUUCUCUCAGACAUCACGCAUUCUACAACAGCGCCAGACCAUUGAGUUGAUUCCUAUCACCAAGGUGACCUACAAGUGGAAGGGAGACUCACACAUUUACUUUGUCUAUGGGAAUGAGUUCAAAGUCAGUGCUGAUAACUACCCAGCUACCUGUUGCUGCACAGUAAUGUAAUGCUUCAGAGGAAGACAUUGCUUUGAUUAUAUUGAAUAUGACUCUGUGUUCUAAAGACUGUGAUUAUAAAGGAGUUUAUGAUUGGCAGACUGCCAACCAUCAGACAAUUUGCUAUGUCAUUAAACAAAUGCAUGAAUGUUUUGAAUAUUUGUAUUUUCUACUUGCAAGCAAACAUGCAUGCUUUUUGUGAAAUAGACAGAUGUAAUACUAAUUCCACAGGAGUCAUUGGGGACCACACAGGCCUUAGGAUGAACCCACUGGGCACACACUGGUUGAGUCAACGUUGUUUCUACAUCAUUUCAAUGAAAUGACGUUGAACCAACGUGGAAUAAAUGUUGAAUUGACGUUUGUGCCCAGUAGGAAGAAGUUAAGAUGGAAGGCUGGCUGUAAUGUAUAAUGUACUGAAACCUAUGCAUAGCACUGAGAUAGUUCUGUCAUUUGUGACCAUGUCUGCUAAUUUGUACUCUUUGAUGAUUGUGUACAACAAAUGUCUGUGUGAUUGAUGUUCAAUGGAAGGCUGAAUGUCAGUGAUUAAAUGUAUUUCCAUUGUAUAUUAUACCAUUGAUUCUAAAUGUGUCUUUAAAGAGGGAUUUAAUUUGAUGAAAUAACCACAUUUGGGGAAUAACCCGACAUAUCUUUUUUUGCUGGACCCCAGGAAGAGUGGGCAGCCGCUAAUGGGGAUCCAUAAUAAAUACAAAUAUCUUGAGGGUGUUUUUCUAAUCUAUUAAUAUUUGUUGUAUAAAUAAAGGAUUUCAAUAAUG